UGAAGGAGUCGGGCCGGCGGAGUUCGGCCAUAUUAGCGAAUGGUGGGGCAGAGCGGCAGGAGACCGGCUUCCCUGCAUUGACUGUUGGCGGUACACGCUGCUUGACGCGUCGCUCGGUUUCGGUUUAUUUCUGGACUCGAGCCGGAGCUGGCGGCGUGAGUCAAGGCGAUUGCUGACCGACGCAGAAGCCCAACAUGGAGGCGGAGGUGGCCAGGCUGAGGAAUGAAUUGGCCAAGAAGGAGCAGGAGGUGGAGAGGCUGAGGGCAGCGGCCGCCUGUCUGCAUCAGAAUUCUCUUUCUGGAAGUAUGUUUACAUUAAUUAAGCAAGUUACAGAGAUCCCGACGCUGGAAGAAAAAUCUCUCUCAAAAGAAGAAAUCAUGAGGUACAGCAGACAGCUUAUCAUUCCAGAAAUUGGAGUCAAAGGUCAACUGAAUCUCUCCAAGAAAGCUGUUCUAAUUGUGGGCUGUGGAGGGCUGGGCUGCCCUGCUGCGCAGUACCUGGCAGCUGCAGGCAUUGGUCGACUGGGACUUCUUGAUUAUGAUGAUGUGGAGCUUAGUAACCUACAGAGACAGGUUCUCCAUGCAGAGGAUAAGGUGGGCAUAUCAAAAGCAUUGUCUGCAGCAACUGCAAUAAAUCGGCUAAAUUCAAAUGUUGAAUGUCUACCAUACCACUUUCAAUUGAACUUCAAGAAUGCAAAGCAGCUUAUUCAACAGUAUGAUAUUGUAGUAGAUUGUUCUGACAAUGUUCCCACACGAUAUCUUGUCAACGAUGCCUGUGUUCUGAAUGGGAAGCCACUUGUAUCAGCCAGUGCUCUCAGAAUGGAGGGACAGCUCACUGUGUAUAAUUACAAUGGUGGCCCUUGUUACAGAUGUCUCUUCCCAAAACCACCUCCAGCAGAGACCGUAACCAACUGUUCAGAUGGAGGAGUGUUGGGUGUAGUGCCUGGAAUUCUGGGAUGUAUUCAGGCCCUGGAGGUUCUGAAGAUUGCAUCAGGAAUGGGAUCAUCGUACAGCCAACAGAUGUUGGUAUUUGAUGCUCUGGAAGCUCGAUUUCGCACGAUUAAGCUUAGGCAAAAACAGCCGACGUGUGCCGUAUGUAGUGAGAAUCCAACAGUGAAGGAUUUGAUCGACUAUGAGAUAUUCUGUGGCUCAGCAGCAACAGAUCAGUGUAGGACACUUAAUUUGUUAAAUGGAGAACAAAGAAUAACUGUUCAGGAAUAUAAACGUCUUUUGGAUGAAGAUGUUCCUCAUGUCUUGGUGGAUGUUCGCCCACAGGUGGAGGUUGACAUAUGCCAUCUACCUAAUUCUAUUUAUAUUCCUCUGACUGAGUUAGAGGAAAGGAGUGUUGAAUACAUGAAGCAUUUACAGAAUAACAUCAAUGAGAGGAGAUAUAAAGCAGCUGCUGAUAAAGUUACCUUCCCAGUGUAUGUUAUCUGUAAACAAGGAAAUGAUUCGCAGAAGGCUGUCAGAAUCCUGCAGGAGAUGCUAAACAACGAGCUCUGCUCAUUGUCAGUGAAGGAUAUUCGGGGUGGAUUAAUGGCCUGGGCUCGUAUGAUUGAUCCAGCCUUCCCACAGUAUUGAUUGCUGGGAAGGGGAAGGGAGCGAAAUUACGUAACCUUGUUUUCAGAAGUAUAAUAAUGAAAGUAUAAUAAUUUUAAAAUGUGCUGCAACUUAUUUGUAUUUCAGAAAAUGCGUGUGGAAAAGUAUAUUGUUGGGAAUGCUCUGUAACUGGAAAGAAAACUUGCAGUGUUUAAAUGCAAGUGUUAGCAAUAAGACCAGGUAAUGUGGUUGGUAAUUUUUGUAUUACAUACAUUUGAACUGCUUAAUAAGGGCACAAGCAAUUAGUAACUAAAUACAAGUACAUGGAAACUCUGGUUAUUGUGAUGAUUCAUUUUAUUAAGUGUCUUUUGUUACAGAUACUCUGCUACUAAAUUAAUAAUAGUGGUAUAUUAUGAAAACCAAAAGGUUAACUGUUGAGUGGCAAUUGAUAUGGUAUCACGGACAAAUGACCCAUGCAGAAAUUCUGGCAAGAGAAGUUUGUUAUCUACUUCCUGAUGCAUUUGUAUCAUUUAACAAUCAUGAGUAAAUGUACGGCAGUUCUCCUGAUACUGAGAUACUUGAUAUAACAGUAUGUUUUUUGUUUUUUGCAAUUGGUCAUUUUAUUGGUUAUGUUUAUGUCGGUGUAUAAUCUAAGUACUGUCUUUUGGUACCCCAUAAAAUCAAAAUAAUUUGUAUCAUUAAUGCAAGCAGUGACAAUACUCACUUAGUAUUUUGUCUCCUGAGGUACCAUUGUGCUUCAAAUCACCCAGUUACACUGAAUGACUUUUUUUAAAAUGUACACACUUUUUGUAUAUCGAAAUGCAGAAAGGCUAUUUCCACCAUCUUUUUAUCACACUGGCAAAGCCACUUACAAAGCACAUUCACCUUUUAAUGGCAUGAGAUGGAUCAUUCAUGAAACCUACUGAGUGUUGAAUUUUUAUAUACAAAAAUAAGUAACUUUGUAACGCAGACCAUGAAUCUCAUUACUGAUACGUGUGAUUGACACCAGAUUAAUAACGUUUGGAAAUCAGUUGUACGAUCUUUUGUGGUGUGAAUUGUGGAUGCAGGCUAGGCAGCCUAAUGUAACAUGAUUCUAUCAGGCUGCCUUGCAACAUCUAUUGAUUUCCCACACACAUUUUCUAUACCUGCAGAUGAUGCUGAUAUUUGAAGAGAAGUUUCCAUUUAUAUUAUCUGUAUAAAAUGUACAUUUUUUUUUGUCACUCAGAUCUUUGAUUAGUCCUAUCACGACUGGUUUUGGAAAUUAAAAUGACACUGUAGACUUUAAUCAGCCCUUCCUUUAAUUGUCUUGCUUUCUUCAACCUACUAAAGCAAAAUACCCAUUAAUUUUUAAAUAAUUUUAAUUGAAAGGAUCAAGAUAACAAACAGACCGCAAUCAGUGAGGAUAUAGGCAGCAAUACCUCCAGCACGAUUAUUCUCAACACUGGUGCCCUAUGAGGCUGCGUCCUCAGCCCUCUACUCCCUAUACACUCAUGACUGUGUGGUCAGAUUCUGCUCUAACUCCAUUUACAAGUUUGCAGAUGAUACCACCGUUGUAGGCCAUAUCUCAAACAGCGAUGAGUCGGAGUAUAGGAAGAAGAUAGGGAGCUUAGUGGAAUGGUGUCAUGACAACAAAAUGUCAACAAAAGAAAAGAGCUGGUCAUUGACUUCAGGAAAGGGGGUGGUGUACACGCACCUGUCUACAUCAAUGGUGCUGAGGGUGAGAGGGUUGACAGCUUCAAGUUCCUGGGAGUGAAUAUCACCAACAGUCUGUCCUGCUCAAAUCACGUAGAAGCCAUGGCUGAGAAAGCUCACCAGCGCCUCUACUUCCUCAGGAGGCUAAAGAAAUUUGGCAUCUUCCCUUUGACUCUCACCAACUUUUACAGAUGCACCAUAGAAAGCAUCCUAUCUGGAUGUAUCAUGGCUUGGUACGGCAACUGCUCUGCCCAGGACCGCAAGAAACUGCAGAGAGUUGUGGACACAGCCCAGAGCAUUAUGGACACCAGUCUCCCCUCCUUGGACUCUUGUCUUUACCUCUCACUGUCUUGGUGAAGCAGCCAGCAUAAUCAAAGACCCCACCCACCUGGGACAUUCUCUCUUCUCUCCUCUUCCAUCGGGUAGAAGAUACAGGAGCCUGAGGGCACGUACCACCAGACAAGGAUAGCUUCUACCCCACUGUGAUAAGACUAUUGAACAGUUCCCUUAUACAAUGAGAUGGACUAUGACCUCACGAUCUACCUUGUUGUGACCUUGCACCUUAUUGCACUGCACUUUCUCUGUGGCUGUAACACUUUACUCUGAACUGUUAUUGUUUUUACCUGUACUACAUCAAUGCACUCUGUACUGACUCAAUGUAACUGCACUGUGUAAUGAAUUGACCUGUACGAUCGCUUUGUAAGACAAGCUUUCCGCUGUACCUCAGUACAAGUGAUAAUAAUAAACCAAUACCAAUAAGUUUUGAA